CGCAUCCGAAUAGUCACACUGGUCGUCGUCGUCGUCGUCCGCCUCUCCAAACACACACAUUCAUAUACUUUUACUUUCAUUUAUCUCUUUCACUCUGCACACACACACACACAAACCGUGGAAUAACGCUGAAGACCGGACAACACCACACACACUACAUCUGCUGAUACGACGCCGGCGUCAUCGUGUGGGCCAGCAAAGUGUGUUUUUUUUUUUUUUUUAAUAUACCUAAUUAAAAAAAACAAAAAAAAUUCCAAUACAGUCAGCGUGGUGAUUUUUUUGCAAAUCGAUUUUCUUGGAGUACUUUUUUUUUGUCUUUUUCUUCGGCCAGUGUAGUCAGUGCGAAACAUCCGCGUGGGACACUUUGAAUAGCCGUGCGGAGAAGUCUAUUUCGACAAUUCAAAAUUGGACUAUCGGUGGCGGCGGCGUCACGAGUUUUUGAAUAAACGCAUGUAGAAAAAGCGUUGUUCAGGUCGGUGAAAUCGCCAAAUCCGCCAAAGGUAUUUCGUUGGAAUCCGAACGCCGUCGACGAUGAGGCCUCUCCGGAAGGCCGUGCUGGUCACGGUUGCCACCGUAGUCGUAGCCGUGUUACUGGAGACUUGCAUUUGUUCGGCAGCAGUGGCUGUGGAUCACAGACAUUCGGCAAAGACCAGAGCCAUAUCCGAAGACGCUGGCGACCGCAGUUUGGAUUCGACGGUGCACAGCGAACCCGGCGCUCACCGGAGGACCAAGAGAACGCUUUUGAAACUGAAACCAAUUGUCAAGGCAAUGCUGUUGCCGGCCAAGCUGGUGUUGGGACCCGUCAAAAAGCUGGUCGGUGCAAAAGCGCUGAAAGCCAAAGUCGUCGGUGCCGGAGUAGGACUGAAAGUGGCCAAGGUCGCGGUGAAAGCCGCCACCAGCUUGGGCAUCAAGGCGCUCCUGUUGAACUUCUUGUUCCAGAAAAUCAAUCAGAUAAUUGAUUUCAAAACAAGACUACUCAGUAAUCUAGACCAGAAGAACAGGCAACAGAACGCGCAGUUCUUGUUGCGAAGCCAAGGCGACGGAGGUGCUACGAAUGUGUCUCAGGCGCCAUCUGUCAACGGCGACUUGCAAGUGCAAGCACAAGGCGACAACGGCGAAGACGAAGACGACGAACCGGUUUCUUUCAAUCCCAACAAGGUGAGCUUGCAGGUGCCCGACCGGUUGUUCGGUCCGAGUUUCACAGCCGUCAACGGUAUAUCACAGACCAUAGGCACCGUCAUCCAGAACACCGCGAGCAGACUGGCGAGGUUCAUCGAAGCGCUUAAGCCAUUGCUGUGGAAGACUUCCAGACUGACUUCUAGCUCGUCUGGGGCCAAGUCGGGUGACUCCGACUCUGCAGCAUCUUCGGACGCGGUGGUCGCCGAUUCGUCGGACUUGGACUUUGUGGAGAUGGACGCGCUGCCGGUAUCCAAAGCAUCAUCUAAAGUGGUCACCGCCAAAGCUUCGUCUGCCACAUCGUCGUAGCCGCACAAAAACCGUAACGAGAGAAGACCAAAACAACCAAAAUGAGAGACUUCACACAGAGAGAGAGGCGGAAAAUCACAAAAAUAGUUUUGCACUGAUUGUAAUUUGAUAAAGUCAAAAAAAAAAAUGUUAAAGCCCGUCGCUCGUGUAUAAUAAUUAAAUAUAUAUAUGUUAAGAUAUAUUAUGAUACCUACUAAAAAAAAAAAACACCUGUAAUAUUAUUUUUCGAUAGCUUAAUUAUGUACCUGUUAUAUAUAUAUAUAUUGUAUAUUUUUCGCAGUGGUACCAACUGUUUAUGUUAUAGCGUUUAAGUUUUAG